UUUUGAUUCUCCUUAAGAACUGCUCUUUUGUAAAGGUGUUCACUGUGAACAUUUUAAAAACAACGUGCAAAACUUAAUUGGGGCAGUACAAUAAUAAACAAUAAAGUAUUUAUUAAAAAUAACAUCUGAUGCGAGAAACAUUGAGCUAGCAAUCAACAAUAGUUUCAACAAUUUCAAAGUGAAAUACUGUGUAACAGUGGAAAUAGUGUUAUUGACUUUGUGUGUGUCAUGCCAGAUAUGGAUGAAUGGGCACAAUUACAAAGAGAAACCGCUUUAAGAGUAGUCAUUGAAGAAAUGUGGAAGGAAAUCCCCAGCGACCUACAGGACUACAUUCCAGCGUCGACGCUCGAAGAUUUAUGCACUGCCCUACAAAAUCCGACAACUUUGGAAGUCGUAAAACUUCUACAGGAGGUACAGGAACUCCGAGAGGGGCAACUGUAUCAGCAGCGAUGCGACCUGGUCGGCGAGAUAAAAUCACGGCUUGGCGAAGUGCGAAGGCAACAUCAAGAGCGUCGGGAACUUCAAGCAAAGGCGGGACUCAGCUUAGAAGAGCUCGAUAAAGAACUCGAGGCUCAAUGGAAUCUUGUCUCGGACGAAGUAAAACGAGAACUGAAUAGCAAGGAUCUAAACAUUAUAGGAGAGAUCGAUAGCACGGUCGUCGAACAACAACGAGCUCUUCAGGAAGUGGGAGUUCCCCAUUUCAAGGAGACAAAGGAGCCAGUUGAAUUGCGCAUCCAAAUGACCCUGCUCGACUUCCUCCUAAGAAUAGUUCGGAUGCCCACGUUCCGUUCCUCAAAUGACGACGACAGCUGACUGGUACAUUUUUAUAGAUGACCUUUAACAUUAAAAAUCUACUAUCCUGUACAGGCUUGCUUUUGCUUUUCUAAGAGCACAUUGCUGAAAUUCUGCGGAUUUAAGAUGAAUACCUCAUAUGAAAUUGCUAAAGGAAAUACGGCUAGAAUAAAACUUUCUUAACCCUAAAAUGGAUACUUUUUCUUUGAUUAAGAUGUAUUUAAAUACGAGGUUGAAUGUAAUAUGAAAAACUAUUCCUAAGUCAGACGAAAU